CGAUAAAGUAGAUAAAAUCUACACUUACGAUGUUUACGCGCGUUUUUAGAUUGUAAAAACAUACAAAUCUGUUAUUCACUGCUAGUUUGUGGUCCGACCUAGCUUUGUUGUUAGCCAUUUCCUCAUGCAUGUACCAAUACCUCUCUUGCCUAUUCAUGUUCUUUGUUUAAAAAAAACAGAUUUGUCAGUUUUGGGGGACAAGCGGGACAGAAAGAAGAAGUUGACUUUUUUGUUUUUAAGCUCCUUGUAAAAACUUUCCGUGUUAGUAAAGAUGAGGUUGAGCGGCGUCCUGGCGUGUUUGCUGGUGAUGUGUGCUGAUAUCUGCCGGGGGGACACACCAGCCAACUGCACCUACGAAGACCUGCUGGGGACUUGGAUGUUCCAGGUGUCCGAGGGGGGCCACGAUAAAGACAUCAACUGCUCUGCUGCAGCCACAAGCGAGAACACGAUGGCGGUGACGCUGGAGAAACUUUCCGUGGCCAAAGACGAGGUGGGAAACCUGGGCUUCUUCACUCUGGUUUACAACCAGGGCUUUGAGGUGGUCAUCAACGGCUACAAGUGGUUUGCCUUCUUCAAGUACACUGAAGACGGCGGUCAGGUGACCAGCUACUGUGACCGUACUCUCCCGGGGUGGGUGCACGACGUGCUGGGCAACAACUGGGCCUGUUUUGUUGGCAAGAAAGUGGAGCCAGUGGCCCCGCAACUUGACUACAAACCUGUCACCAGCACCAGAUUUAUCUCCAAACAUCAUUCACAGAACAACAUGCUGCUUCAAAGGAUGUUCACACCCAACCAGGACGUCAUUGAGGCCAUCAACUUGGUCCAGGACUCCUGGAGGGCGGUCUCGUAUCCGGAAUAUAAGACGUACUCGCUGAGAGAGCUGCACUCUCGAGCAGGAGGUCCCGCCUCCCGCAUUCCUGUGCGCGGUGGUCCUCGGCCUGCGCCACCUCACGUCGCCAAACUAGCGGCGGCGCUGCCUCAGCACUGGGACUGGAGGAACGUGAGCGGCGCCAACUUUGUCAGCCCCGUACGAAACCAAGCGUCAUGCGGCAGCUGUUACUCCUUCGCCUCCAUGGGAAUGUUGGAGGCUCGCAUCCGCAUCCAAACCAACAACACCCACACGCCCAUCCUCAGCCCCCAGCAGGUGGUCUCCUGCUCCGAGUAUUCUCAAGGUUGCGACGGCGGCUUCCCGUACCUGAUGGGAAAGUACGUGCAGGACUUCGGUAUUGUGGACGAGUCCUGCUUCCCCUACGUGGGCAAGAAGACGCCGUGUGGCGCGCUGCAGAAGUGCGGCCGCACCUACGUGGCGGAGUACAGCUACGUGGGCGGGUUCUAUGGCGGAUGCAGCGAGGCGGCCAUGAUGCUGGAACUGGUCCAAAAGGGCCCCAUGGCGGUCUCCUUUGAGGUGUACCCAGACUUCAUGCACUACAAGGAGGGCAUCUACCACCACACGGGCGUCGACGACCCCUUCAACCCCUUCGAGCUGACCAACCACGCCGUGCUGCUGGUGGGCUACGGCCGCUGUCACAUGACCGGCCAGAACUACUGGCUGGUCAAGAACAGCUGGGGCGGCGACUGGGGCGAGCGCGGCUACUUCCGCAUCCGCCGGGGGAGCGACGAGUGUUCCAUCGAGAGCAUCGCAGUCGCCGCCACACCCAUCCCAGGACUCUAGUGGACGCACACGCCUUGAAGAACCUUGUCAGAAGUGGGCGGGGCUUGGCCUCCGUGUCAGUCACAAGGUCCGAGCGCCUCCAGUGGACGUCCCGCCUUCGCCUCCCCUCACUUCUUCUCUCCCCCUGCGCCGCCGCCCUUCCCCCGUCCC